AUGGCAAGAACGAAGAGGAUUGCCACCGUCUUGGCAUGGUCGCUCUUCCUGGUGGCAUCGAAAGAUGUAGGCGUCGUACAGGCGGCCGACUGUCCCUGUGGAUAUCUCGACACGACUACCAAUGACCUCUGGACCGACUCGAUCUUGACCUACUUCAACGAGACAGGAGCGCAACAGGAUGUCGUCUUUUCGCCUUUGGUCUCACCAUACUACAUGGGGCAGGGGACUUCGGGCAACACUGGCAAUGGGACCGAGGACUGGGCCGCAGCAGGUGACCAAGUAAAUGUAUGGGAAGAUGCAUUUGGGGCAACAUAUCGGAGCGGCGUCGCAUACAACAACACGGACUUGCACAACGGCCUUUUGCGAAUGGCCGUCAAUCCGGCAGAGAUGAAACAUAGAAUCGUUUACGGUGCAGAAGCCGUUACGAGGAGGAGAGACAUUCUCUAUGGUACUUUCCGAGCAGCUAUGAACGCCUCGCUUGGGAACGGGGCCGGCACCGCAUUUCAAAUGUCAGCCAAAUACAAUGAUUCGGAGACAGUCGACGUGGGACUGUACAUGACAGACCUAUACAACGAGUCGACGCUGCAGUGGUCCUUCGCUAGUCGCGGUAAUGACGCCCAUCCCUACAAGGUGCCCAUUUCCUCGCUGAUGGGCGCCGGAAGUCACGACAAUGCUUCCACCGGAUUCUACGAGCAUCGCUUCGACUGGAAGCCCGAGAAUAUCGUCUGGACCAACAACAACACGAACAUUUCUGCAUCCAGUCACACAGUCCAGAAGGGAGGAAGAGUUAACAUCCCUUCCAGUCCUGUUCCACUCUCCUUUCGUCACUGGAGCAACGGCGACCCGAUCAACAGCCAGGGCCCACCACACGUCACAGAUCACUACGCUUACGUCAGCUAUGUCCGCUUCUUUUUCAAUUCGAGUCUGCCUCUACGCACAGCCGAUUUCAACGCCCAAUGCGCCGCUGCCCAGGGACGCGCGCCCUGCAGCGUGGAUGACCUAACCUUGCGAGGCAGCACAAGCUUUGCGCCACAAUCCCUUGAAGCCAUCUCUCCGGUUCACAGUCGUCGCAAAGCUCCAAGGUACAGCCUCAUCGCCCUCACCGCUUCGGGCGGUCUUUUGGGCCUGUUGCUCCUCCACGGUAUCGCCAAGUCGAUCUUGACAACCAAAGGCGCGAGAAAAGCGGACCUUUCAAUCAAGGCAAACACUACAAGUGGCUCAGAGAAAGAUGACUAUGCCGCAAAUGGUUCAAAAGAGGAUUCGCUUCCCAAGAGCGAAUCUCCGACACUGUCAACAAGAAAGGAUAGUUUCUCGGGUCCGUCAGGCCCUUCGUCGCGCCACGCCUCGUCGCUCUCUUCUUCAUCUGGCAACGGUAACUCCAGAAGCAUGAGUUAUAUUGUCGAAAGCCAGCCACUUGUGUCGAAAUGGGACCCGACAGCUUUGGCGCAAGCCGCUCAAGCUCAAGAGGAGGCUGAUUCCGAAGACGACUGGGAGAAUGAGACCACGAAUGGCGACGAUUAUUUCCUGGCUGAUCGUGCCACCGAGAGUAAUUUCGAGGCAACUGCCGGGGCGAAUGAGAACGAUGAUGCACUCGGCAGGCCAGAUCAUGCGCCAGCGUGGCUGCAACAUAACGACUCCCCAUCUUCUUCCCUCGUGAACCUCGCAACGGAGGGUCUACCAACUCAUGCGCGCUCAAGCUUUUCCAUGCCCUCGACGACAACUCAGCCUCUGCUCUCAGGCUACGUGACGCCCACGAGACCAUCGACGCGUGAAGAUUACAUGGCCAAUGAUGACUUGACAGACGACCAACGCUCUGAAGCGGAUCAUGGGGACGAAGUUGAUCUGGGCAGGGACGAGUCGCCUUUUGGAAAGAAUCUCCCACAAUGGAUCACAGACUCUGCCGUUCCCUCUCGUCCUUCUUCGAUAUCGCAGGACUCGCAAUUAAGUCCGGCAACCAAUUUUGACGCAAAGGCUUACGCGAGGAGGCCUUCGAUGGUUUCGCUCUACACUCUCGCAAUGAGCCAAGGCAAGACGACCUCACCACAGAUGGUGUCCGUGUGGACACGACGGGACCUGACGGAUGACCCGGGACACAAUUUGGCGGCUCGUGUUGAUGCAAAGGCAGGCGAGACAAGCAAGAACGUCGGCGACGGUGCCGCAGAAGCGCCAAAGAAGAAGAAGAACGUUCUGCAAAAGAUCAACGAAACCCUUUUCGUUGGUCCCGACGCCGCCAAAACUACUGCAUCCGGCGCCGCCCGUGUAGGCUACCUGGAAGGCCUUCGUGGUUUUGCCUGUUUCCUCGUCUCCUUUCACCACUUCAUGCUCAUCUUCUGGUACGCUGCCACGACUCCUGGCGCGCCCACACACACGAAUGGCUUUGAGGUGUGGUUCCACCGCAUCUUUGGCGCGCUGCUCCUCAACCAGGGUCUCAAGAUCGGCAUCUUCUUCGUCUUGCCGGCGCGCGUCAUGGGAACGCGGUAUAUGCUCCGUGGCCGCCUCGUGGAUCUGGCCGAUGCAACUCUUCGAAGAGUUCCCCGCUUGGCCUUCCCGACCUUUGGUGCCGUUCUGAUCAACUACUUUUUGAUCCAGGUCCAGGCUUACCAGUGGGUGCCGCGUCUGGCCUCAAGGACCUGGAGCACCUGGUCCUACUUCAAUGACUAUGACUCGGCCGGGUCUUUCAUCAACUCUUGGAUUGCCCUUUGGUUCACUGUCCCGCCUCAAUCGCCUGUUCUUCUUUCGACUUAUGCGACCGGCAUUCUGUGGACGAUUCCCGUGAUCACGCAAUCCUCGUUUGCGGUCCUCAUCACCGUCAUCAUCUCCCGCGAGAUUCCAAACGCCAUCAAACGGUACACUUUCUUCUUCCUUUGCAUCCUCUUGUCGUGGUAUGCGAACCGGCUCGACUACUAUUUCAUCGCAGGUCUCGUCAUUGCAGACAUGGACAACAAGCUCAAGUACCGCGAGGCUGCCGCCAAGGGCAUUCCCCUUAUGCCUGCCUCAUGGGCCAAGCGCGUAUCGGGUGGACGAGUCUCGCGACUCAGCAUUCACGGCCAGGUGUUUGGCUGGAUUCUCUUCCUGGGCGGCGCCAUGUGCCAAUACAUGGAGUCGCUCCGUCUACCCGGUGGCGAGCUGAACGAAUGGGAGCACGGUAUCCUGCCGGACUUUACCAGCGCGGAGCCGCGCGUCUGGGUGGGCGACACGCUGCUGAGCUACUGGGAUCCGCGCUUCAGCCUAUUCUGCAUGGUCAUCGGCAUGUUCCUCCUCGCCGACCUCUGCGCACCGUUUGCCACCUUUUUCAUGCUUCGCUUCUGGGGUGCCGUCGGACGAAACGCCUUCAGCCUGUUCCUCUUGCAUGGCACCAUCUUUUGGAGCUGGGGCGCAUGGCUCUGUCUCCAGCUUCUCAAAGUCGGCACGCCGUAUUGGGCAACAGUCACAAUCGUCUUCAUUACCUCCUACUCGAUUCUCGCCGUCAUGUGCGAGCUCUUCACGAGGACCUUUGACGCAUGGGGCGUGUCGGUCAGCAAGGCCCUCUGGCGCUACACGAGCGGCGGUCUCGGCAGACGGGAUUAA